AUGCUUACGGAAGACGGUUAUCGAAAUGUAUUAGAAAAUCAUUUGCUGAACAUUGGCACUACGACUGGCGGAGGUGAUUGGUUUUUGCAGCAAGAUAAAGCACCAAUUCAUCGAGCAAAGGCUAAUUUACCAUGGUUUAGAGCCAAAAAGAUUCAAUUAUUAGAGUGGUCUUCACUUUCAUCAGACUUAAAUCUCAUCGAAAACUUGUGGAGAAUAUUACCGAAACGCGUUUAUGCCGGUGGAAGACAAUUUUAUUAUAAAGAAGAGCUAAAAAAACAAUUAAAACUGAAUGGUCGAAAAUAA